AGGGGCUCGAACGCUCCUGGGCGUUGCGAUAAGUCGGACGGGUGUGUGGGCCGAGGGGCGCCGCGGGCAGGAGCCGCGUCUACAGGCCCCCGCGCGGCCCGGAACCAGGCCCGCCGCCCCAGGCUGGGGGCCGGGCCAGGGCGGGGCGUCCGGCCGUGUCACGCCCGCCUCCCUCCCUGCCUCCCGGGGCCAGGCCCGCUAAAAUGGCGGCGGCGGCGGCGACGGCGACGGCGACGGCGACGGCGACGACAGCGACCCAUGCGAGGCCCGGGGACCUGGCCGCCGCGCCCGGGACCGACUAGCGCCUUCCUGCGCGCCCGCGUCCCGGCCGCGUCCCGGGCCCCGGGGGCGCUCGCGCGCGCUCCCCGGGCCGCCGGCCUCCCUCCCAGCGCGCCAAUGAACUCCGUGUCGCCGGCCGCCGCGCAGUACCGCAGCGGGAGCCCGGAGGACGCGCGCCGGCCCGAGGCCCGUAGGCCACGAGCCGUCCGGGCCCCCGACCCCAACGGCCUGGCGCCCUCUGCAGCCGGUGGCCCCGCUCUCGGCUCGUCCAGGGCCGCCCCGGGGGAGCCGGACGAAAUGAACAAGUUUAAGGCGAAGUUCCUGAGCGCCUGGAACAACGUCAAGUACGGUUGGGCGGUUAAAAGCCGGACCAGCUUUAGCAAGAUCUCCAGUGUCCACCUCUGUGGCCGCCGCUACUGUUUCGAGGGCGAGGGUGACAUCCAGCGUUUUCAGCGGGAUUUCAUGUCUCUCCUGUGGCUCACAUACCGCCGGGACUUCCCGCCCCUGGCUGGGGGCAGCCUGACCUCGGACUGCGGCUGGGGAUGCAUGUUACGCAGCGGACAAAUGAUGCUGGCACAGGGCUUGCUGCUGCAUUUCCUGCCCAGAGACUGGACGUGGGCUGGGGGCUCAAGCCUGGGCCCCCCUGAGCCAUCAGGAUUGGCCUCUUCCAACUGGUACCGUGGACCUGCCUGCUGGGUGCCCCCACGUUGGGCCAAGGGUACCCCUGAGCUGGAGCAGGAAUACCAACACCGGCAGAUUGUGUCCUGGUUUGCCGACCACCCGCAGGCUCCCUUCGGCCUACACCGACUUGUGGAGCUUGGGCAGAGCUCAGGCAAGAGGGCGGGUGACUGGUAUGGGCCAUCUCUGGUGGCACACAUACUCAGGAAAGCUGUGGAGAGCUGCUCAGAGGUCACCCACCUGGUUGUAUACGUUUCUCAGGACUGCACAGUGUAUAAGGCGGAUGUGGCACGCCUGGUGGCCAGGCCAGACCCCACAGCUGAGUGGAAGUCUGUGGUCAUCCUGGUGCCAGUGCGGCUGGGUGGUGAGACUCUCAACCCCGUGUACGUGCCCUGCGUGAAGGAGCUCCUGCGGUCAGAGCUGUGCCUGGGCAUCAUGGGGGGCAAGCCUCGGCACUCACUGUACUUCAUUGGCUACCAGGAUGACUUCCUGCUCUACCUGGACCCCCACUACUGCCAGCCCACUGUGGAUGUCAGCCAGGCUGACUUCCCCCUGGAGUCCUUCCAUUGUACCUCACCCCGAAAGAUGGCCUUCACCAAGAUGGACCCGAGCUGCACUGUGGGGUUCUAUGCUGGGGACAGGAAGGAGUUUGAGACACUUUGUUCAGAGCUGACCAGGGUCCUCAGCUGCUCUUCAGUCACGGAGCGCUACCCCAUGUUCACCUUGGCCGAGGGCCACGCUCAGGACCACAGCCUGGAUGACCUCUGCUCCCAGCCCACCCUGCAGCUCCCUCGCUUGGGGCGGCACCUCAAGGCCAAACGCCCAAGCUCUGAGGACUUUGUGUUUUUAUAGAGGGUGGGAAAGGGGAAGAUGAUGAGACACUAUUUAUUUUUUUAUUUAUGUCACACUGGGUGUGGGAGCUUGAACUCCGGGAACAGGGACCUUCCCAUUUUGCCUUGACAAGCGCAGCUGAGACCAGUCCAGGAAACCUCUGGCCGGGGCGUGUGGCCAGGGGCAGCGCCUGCUCCUGGGCCUCUCCUCCUGGGGGCAGGGAGGGAGGGCCCCCGGGCACCCACUCAGGGCCUGACUCAAGUACUGUAGUUUGCACUGGACCUCUGAGGCCACUCACUGGUCCCCAAGCCCCUGUCUUGCCAAGGACUGGUGGCAGUAGGGGGAUCCAUGGCCACUGGAGGCUAAUAAAACCAUUUGACUUGA